CAACAACACAGAGCAGAGCACAUUCCUCUAGCAGCUAGCCACAUUUCUUCAAUUACCUGCUACCUCGGCGGGUCCUAAGUUCAAAUCGAGCCAUGGCAACCCGAGGUCUCACUCCCUUCCUGCUCAUCGCCACCCUCCUCGUAGCUCUCCUGGCCACCUGCCACGCCGGCAGCAUCGCCGUGUACUGGGGCCAGAACGACGGCGAGGCGUCGCUGGCCGAGACGUGCGCGUCGGGGAACUACGAGUUCGUCAUCCUGGCUUUCCUCCCCACGUUCGGCAAGGGCCAGACGCCUGAGCUGAACCUCGCCAGCCACUGCGACCCUUCGUCGGGCGGCUGCAGAGGCCAGAGCAAGGACAUCAGCUCGUGCCAGCGCCGUGGCGUCAAGGUGCUCCUCUCCAUCGGCGGCGGCGACGGGAGCUACGGCCUCUCCUCCCCCGGAGACGCCCGCCAGGUCGCCAUGUACCUCUGGAACAACUACCUGGGCGGCUCCUCCUCCUCCCGCCCCCUCGGCGACGCCGUGCUCGACGGCAUCGACUUCGACAUCGAGCAAGGCGGCGCCAAGUUCUGGAACGACCUCGCCAGGGACCUGAAAAACUUGGGCAAGAACGGCGGCAAGGAGGUGCUGCUGAGCGCGGCGCCGCAAUGCCCGUUCCCGGACGAGUGGGACGGCGGCGCGAUCAGCACGGGGCUGUUCGACUACGUGUGGGUGCAGUUCUACAACAACGAGGAGUGCCAGUUCAGCGCGGGGAAGGGCGCGUUCAUGGACGCGUGGAAGAAGUGGGUGUCGGUCCCCGCGGGGAAGAUCUUCCUCGGACUGCCGGCCGCCAAGGACGCCGCAGGCACCGGGUUCGUGCCCGCCGCCGAGCUCAACUCGCGCGUGCUGCCGCUCAUCAAGGGCUCGCCCAAGUACGGCGGCGUCAUGCUGUGGUCCAAGUUCUACGACGACCGCACCGGCUACAGCGACGCCAUCAAGAGCCAUGUGUGAUCCGUUCCCUGCAUCUCAUCAGGAGUGCAUGUUUCGUCCCGGCCAUGUGUUGGAUGUGUGUAUCUGUGUAAGUAUGUGAUAUUGUUUGAAGGGAUUUCUUCUUUGUACUUGUAUAUUUUUUGUGUGCGUAUUCUUUGUACAUGCGCCUCGAAGUGUUGCUACAUCCAUGCCUGUGUGGAAGUGUAUCACUGUAUGAGCGAUUCAGCGUAAUAAAGAAGUGAGCGACAGACACUUCAGUUGCUAA